AGGAAUACCACGUCAGCAGGCCCCCGGCCUGGUACAUGAUGUUGUGGUCACAGACAACCGUCAUGGACCAGAGGCCCGGUGAAGCAGAUGAGGCCUAUCAGGCCCGGAUGCUGGCUUGGAGUACCGAGACAAGAAAACGGGCAGAUGACGCAGCUGCAGCAGCGAAGAAGAAGGCAGAGGAUGCCGAGCAGGCACGUCUGCUGACACUUCAACAACAGCGCCAGCAUGACGAGGCAGCAGCAAGGGCUGCUGAUGAAGAAAGGAACCAACGUCGUGAGAAGAUAUUUAGCGGAGAGUGGACCUUGCUCACAAUGGCAGCGGAAUGGCGGACCAAGGCUGAGAAUGGCAAGUUGGAGGAUUGCGAAAACAAGAUCGCUCUCCUCCUCUCGCAUCUCACAGACCUCCUGGCUACAUGCACUAUGCAGCAGGAGGAUAUCCACAGCCUCGACGGCUCGCUGGAGCAGCCACCUGUCGCCGCACCCGAUGCAAGCUCUUCCACUACCUCCGAUCGCCUCGAAGCAUUGGAGAUGCGCGUCGGCUCCCUCCAGGAUGGCGCACAGUUACAGCAGACCGCGACGCAACUGUUGCAGCAGCGGAUCUGUACCACCGCCAAUACCUCGAGUUCGGAGCCACGCGAGACAACUCCAAAGUUUGACGGGCAGGAGAUUUUCUGCGACUCGAUCAAGACAGAUCCGAUUCCAUGGUUCCGCAAGUUCGAGCUCACGCUGCAGCUCCACAACGUCAAAGAACACAAGCACCACGCAUACUUGUACUCUCGCUCAGGGGGCGCGUGCCAGGCUUGGUUGGACAACCUCUUGUCCAAGUACGAAGUGGUAGCUGCCGACUUGCACACCAAGAUCUGUUGGGAUGAUCUGAAGGCGGCGUGGCACAAACGGUUCCAGGUUGAGCCGCCAGAGAUCAAGGCUAUGGACAAGCUCAUGGUCUUCGAACAAGGCACGCUGCCAAGUACCGACUGGAUCGCCAAGUACCAACGCUUGACGUCAGUCCCAGACAUCCAGAUGGGCUUCAAAGCCAUCCGCCAUUACUUUAUCUCAAGGUCAUGUCCGACAUUAACCAAUGCCUUGACUCACGUCGAGGACACCUUGACGACAACGGCGCAACUUUUUGACAAGGCCGCGCAGAUCAUCAUUACGAACAAGGAGGCGAAGAAUCUGCGUUCGUCUGCGGCAGGCCCGAGCAGGGACCAGCAUCGGCCAAGAGUGGCCGUGGUCGCAGCGGCAACGCCGUUGGACCAAACCAGCGAGGCUGUGUCUGCCAGUGAAGGGGACAGACUCGCAGCCGCCCGGGAAGGUGGCCGGCCCGGCAGAGGCCGAGGACACGGCAAGACGAAGACACACACCGCAUCUAGCCCCGGGCCCGGUGCAGCAGCUCCAACAGCCCCAUGGACCCAAUACGGCAUCUCCGAGCUAGCAUUCAAGGCGCACACGAGAUUCCACUAUUGCCUAUGGUGCAAUAGUGAUCUUCAUCAAACACUGGUUUGCCCAUUGAAAGGCAAGGGCAAACAGGGAAACUGAGCACCGCCGAGAGUGACUCGACAACACUCUCGACGCCUCCGGAACCGGUUUCUUCGCGAGUAACCGACCUUCAUUCCGAG